AAAAAACAAAAAAGGAAGAUCCGAAAUUUUUCCCACAAAAAUCUCAGAUUCUGGGAAAAGAAAAGGAAAACUAAGAAGAUCGUUUUUUCAGUUUUAACAUUUGUUCUUCUCCUUCGUUUGAUCUUUCAUCGGAGAAAAGGAACAAAUCUAUUUCCUUAUUUUAAUAAUCACAGACUUUUUCUCCUUUAUUAGAUCAUUGUGAUCAUCGUCUCUACUUAACACACUCUCUGUAUAAGAGACGAACAAGGGUUUUUUUUAUCUUUUGUGUGUUGUGUUAUAACGAGCCAUGUCAGAAACUCAGAACUCAACUGAGUCGGUUCGAUCUUCCGACAAAAUUGAAGAUACCUUGACGAGGGUGAAAGUUAAUGAAGAGAACAUGGAGCAAUCAAGUCCAAGUCCGUAUCCUGAUCGUCCCGGUGAGCGAGAUUGCCAGUUCUUUCUGAGAACUGGGCAGUGUGGCUACGGAAACAGCUGUCGUUACAAUCAUCCUCUUUCUCUUGUUCCACAGGCUGUCUUAUAUCAAAGAGACGAACUGCCUGAGAGGAUUGGUCAGCCAGACUGUGAGUAUUAUUUGAAGACCGGCGCGUGUAAGUAUGGCUCAACGUGCAAAUAUCACCACCCUAAAGACAGGAACGGUGCUGAACCGGUGCUGUUUAAUGUUCUAGGCUAUCCUAUGCGACAGGGUGAGAAGUCAUGCCCAUAUUACAUGCAGACAGGAAUGUGUAAAUUCGGCGUUGCCUGCAAAUUCCAUCAUCCUCAUCCUCAGCCUCAUAACGGCCAAUCUACUACACAUGGAAUGUCUAGCUUUCCUUAUUCGAUGAUGUCUUUGCCUCCUGCAACGUAUGGAGUUAUGCCACCUCCUCAAGUUCCUCACCCUCAGGCCUAUAUGCCCUUCAUGUUUGCACCUCCUCAAGGCUGGUCGCCUUACAUGGCAGGAUCUAACCCUAUUUAUAAUGUGAAAACUCAGCCUGACUCAAGUUCUGAAAGAGCUGAAUGUAGGUUUUUUAUGAACACCGGGACGUGUAAAUAUGGAGAUGAUUGCAAAUACAGUCAUCCGAAAGAAAGAAUGUUACAGUCACCACCAAAUCUCUCACACCAUAUUGUUCUUCUUCCAGCUAGACCAGGACAACCUGCAUGUGGUAACUUCAAGGCAUACGGUUUCUGCAAGUAUGGACCAAACUGUAAGUAUGAUCACCCAUCUUCGCCUGUCUCAACUCAACCGAGGAGCUCAACACCACCAAGCCGCUCUGACUCAACUGCCAUCUCCAAUGGUGAUAAACCUGGUUCGGAAAAUAACAGCUCAGAGGUUGAGAAACAAGACGAAGAUAUAUCAGACAAGUCUGAAGUGCAGGAGUCAUCACAACUAAGCGGCUCUGAUUCAACUGCCAUCUCCAAUGGUGAUAAACCUGCUGCAGAUAAUCACAGCUCAGAGGUUGAGAAACAUGACGAUAGCUCGGACAAGACAGAAGUGCAGGGCUCAUCACAACUUAGCGGCUCUGAAUCAACCGUCAUUGCCAAUGGUAAUAAACCUACUGCAGAGAGUCACAGCUCAGAGAUUGAGAAACAAGACGAAGAUAUCUCUGACAAGUCUGAAGUGCAGGACUGUGAUUCAACAGCCUUGUCCAAUGGUAAAACUGAUGCAGAGAGUCCAAGUUCAGAGACUGAGAAACAGGAAGAUAAUGGUUCACAACCGGACAACUGAGGAAACCAUGACUCAUCCGGUAAUGUUUCAUGAUCAUGACUUCAGAAUCAAUAUCAUCAUCAUCAUCACAAUCCUGGUUUCUAACAAUCUCAAAUGAUUCCCUGCCCUUUUUGUUAAUUUUUUUGGAAGGAGGGCUUGGAAAUGUUCUAU